AUGCAGUUCCUGGCCAGUCUUCUGCUCGCCGCUACGGCGGUCCAAGCCCACUACACCUUCCCCAGGCUCGUCGUAAACGGCAAAGCCGAAGAAAAAGACUGGUCCGCCACGCGCAUGACCAAGAACGCGAACUCCAAGCAAGGCAUCGAGAAUCCUACCGUCGCCGACAUCCGCUGCUACCAAUCCCAGAAUGCCGCCAACGUCGUGACCGUUCCCGCUGGCGCUACCAUCCACUACAUAUCUACGCAGCAGGUGAACCACCCCGGACCCACGCAAUACUAUCUCGCCAAGGUCCCUUCGGGAGCGUCAGUGACGAGCUGGGAUGGCUCGGGAGCUGUUUGGUUCAAGAUCUUCACCACGAUGCCGAAGGUCGAUCAGAAUAAGCAGAUGACAUGGCCUGCACAGAAUGAAUACAAGACCGUCAACGCCACGAUCCCCAAGGCCACACCCGACGGCGACUAUCUUCUCCGCGUCGAGCAUAUUGCUUUGCACAUGGCAUCCCAGGCGAACAAGGCGCAAUUCUACCUUUCUUGCUCGCAGAUCAAAAUCACAGGAGGCGGUAGUGGAUCUCCAGGACCUCUGGCCGCCUUCCCAGGCGCGUAUAAGAGCAACGACCCAGGCAUCCUCGUCGAUCUUAACAAGAUUGCGGGCGCGCCGGAUACGUAUCAGCCACCUGGGCCUGCUGUAUGGAGCGGCUAAACGAGGAUCUUCAUGGCCUGUCUGGC